AUGGCAUCUCGAAGAGGUAUAAUAGUGUUAUUACGCUCUUUACAUCGUCGUCCGUAUCUCAUGCCAUCACCAUGCAAUAUUGCUUCUACGGCUCAUUUUUUUCGUACAACUCGAUCAGCUAGCAAACCGACGAUGGCUGAAAGUUUCGAAUUUCAGGCAGAAACAAAGAAUUUGUUGGAUAUCGUUGCAAAAUCACUUUAUUCGGAUCAAGAGGUUUUUAUUCGGGAAUUGAUAUCAAACGCUAGUGAUGCUCUGGAGAAGAGACGGUGCAAACAUUUAGAAACUAAUGAAGAUACGAAUAUUGCUUAUGAAAUCAAAAUAACCACAGAUGAAGAUGCACGGUUGAUUAUUUUCGAAGAUAAUGGAAUUGGAAUGGACAAGAAAGAUUUGGUGAACUUUCUGGGGACUAUAGCUAAAUCAGAUUCAAAAAAAUUCGUGGAAGAGCAAUCUACGCAAAACCGUGUAUCCACAGAAAAUAUAAUUGGGCAAUUCGGUGUCGGUUUCUAUUCGGCAUUCAUGGUUGCAAAUAAUGUUGUAGUGAAAACGCGAAAAGAAGGUAGCGAUAAAGGUUAUUUGUGGAAGUGGAAUGGAGGAACUGCCUAUUCAGUGGAAGAAACCGAUUCGUUACCUGUAGGUUCACGUAUAGAAGUGACUCUUCGCGCGGGUAAUGCAGCGGAAUUUGCGAAAAAAGACAAAGUUGUGGAAGUGAUUAACAAAUAUUCCUACUUCACCACUUUACCGAUCACGGUGAAUGGAGAACGGGUGAAUACUGUGGAUGCUAUUUGGACAAUGAAUCCAAAAGAGGUGACUUCCGAAAUGCAUGACACUUUUUUCCGACAACUCGCCAAGACGCAUUCACCUCAUUUAGUAAAUGAUCGACCGCAAUAUACUAUUCAUUACAAGGCAGAUGCUCCGAUAAAUGUCAGAUCUUUAUUAUACGUCCCAUCUCAUAAUGUAUCGCAACUUGAGUUUGCUAGUUCAGCCGAGCAGUCAAGAGUAUCUCUGUAUGCGCGAAGAGUCCUUAUAAAGUCAAAUGCCAAAGAUCUUUUACCGCGAUAUUUUCGUUUUCUAGUUGGCGUAAUCGAUUCGGAAGAUAUUCCAUUGAAUUUAAGUCGCGAAAUGCUGCAGAUGGAUGCUGUUCUUGUGAAGUUGCGUCAAAUUUUAACCGACAAAGUGGUGUCAUAUUUUGUAAACGAAAUGAAGAAAGAUCGAAUAAAAUAUAAAGAAUUCUACAACGGUUAUUCUUUAUAUUUCAAAGAAGGUGUUUGUACCGAGAAUGACCAAAACGUUAAGGAACAGAUUGGUUCGCUUUUGUUGUUUGAAUCAUCAAAUCUCAAAGCAGGAACUUUGACUAGCUUAGAUGAAUAUGUGGACCGAAUGCAAAAGGAUCAGAAUGAAAUUUAUUAUUUAUUUUCUCCAAGCCGUCAGCUUGCGGAGCAUUCCCCUUAUUAUGAAAUGUUCAAAUCAGAAAACAAGGAAGUUCUUUUUGCAUACGAUGCUGCUGAUGAAGUUUGCUUACUGGCUAUGCAACAGUUCCGGAUGAAGUCAAUCAAAUCAGCUGAAAAUUGGACUCGUAUUGAAGCCGGUGGUGACUCUCAGACUGCAACAAUAACAAUACGUGACGCUGAUAAGAAAGAGUUACUCGACUGGUUGAAAACUACAUUAGGAAGCGUGAAAGUGAAUGACAUAAAGAGCUUGGGUACAACUAGCGAACAUCCAUGUAUGAUCACAGUUGGUGCUGAAAUGGGUGCUGCUCGUCAUUUUCUUCGCGUUGGACAGGUCAAGGAUACCGAGCAUUUGGCUUUUCUGAAACCAACUCUUCAUAUUAACUUGAGUCAUCCAAUUAUCAGUGCACUAAUCAAGUUGCACAAAUCAGAACCGGCACUAGCUACUCUUGUUGCUGAACAGAUCUACGACAAUGCCCUGAUAACUUGUGGGUUGAUGAAAGAUUCAUCAAAAAUGGUUGACCGGGUUAAUCGAGUGCUAAGUGAACUUCUGAAGCCGAAGUCAUCAAUACUUACACCCUAA